AUGCAAGAGAGGCACAACCUUUUUAUUGAAGAUAUCCAAGAAACCCAAUGUCCAUCGAUGGCGGAAAAAGUAGAUAAGAUUAUGGACAUCGAUGAGCGCAUUGAUAUCACACAAGUACAGCAACAAAUCACUGCGCCUUUACAAAGCCCUGAUUUGUUGAGAUACUACUACAUGACACAAUUACUACGUGCUCGAACAAAUAGCAGUAGGGGCUCUCAGGAUUUCGAGGAUUACAUGUUCAAAGAAGAUGCCACUACCACUUAUCCUGCAGAAUAG